CUGCCCAGCAGACAUCAGAGGAUGAAGCUGCUCACCAGCCUGUUCUUCUGCUCCCUGCUCCUGGGCGUCUGCAAUGGAGGGUGGUUUUCAUUUAUCAGUGAGGCUUUCCAAGGGGCUGGGGACAUGUGGCGAGCCUACUCUGACAUGAAAGAGGCCAACUGGAAAAACUCAGACAAAUACUUCCAUGCUCGGGGGAACUAUGAUGCUGCCCAAAGGGGUCCUGGGGGAGUCUGGGCUGCUGAGAAAAUCAGCACCAUGAGGCUUGCCACAGUCCUUGUCCUCUGCUCUUUGUUUCUGGGAGUCAGUGGUGAUGGCUUGUAUUCAUUCUUCAGGGAAGCUGUACAAGGGACUUGGGACAUGUGGAGAGCCUAUCAGGACAGCCUAGAAGCUAAUUACCAAAAUUCAGACCAAUACUUCCAUGCUCGUGGGAACUUCGAGGCCCAACAAAGGGGGUCUGGGGGCAUCUGGGCUGCUAAAAUAAUCAGCACCAGCAGGAACUUCUUCCAGGGCCUCUUAAACCAGUAUUAUUUUCGAAUCGGGGACCGCGGAUUGGAAAGCCUGCAGGCUACACAGAAAGCUGAGGAAUGGGGCCGCCGUGGCAAAAACCCCAAUCACUUUAGACCCGAGGGCCUUCCUGAGAAGUUCUGA